AUGUCCAACAACUCCAACAUUCUCAAGGUAUUCAACCCACCCGAAUCGCGGGACCUCACUCCCAAUGAGUGCACCCAUUGCCAGAUCCUCCAGACCGUUGUUCUCACAGGAGGAGGUGCCUACUUUGCAUCCAACAUGCCCUUCCGAGUGCAGCCUGGCCAACGUCUCCCCCCUGCUGCCACCCAGGCCUGGCAGGGCGGCGUGCGAGGCCUCGGCUUUGCCAUGCUAGCCUUUGGCAUCUACAAUGCCUGGUACUUUUUCUCUCCUAAGGCUCCUCAUGCUUAG